AUGGCAAGCGCAUCCGACUUUGCUCGGGAGAGACGCCUUAUUGAGCAGCUUGAAUUUAGGAUUGCAGCCGCUGAUUCAAAUGACAAGCUACAGAAUAUACUCCAAAAGUUCCUUUCACCGUUACUGUUGAAACUCGCGACGGAGGAUGCCCAGAACCGAAACCUGACAAUCAAAGUCUGCCAAUACAUAAAGCAGAGGCUACAGAUAGAUCAGAGUAUACAGCUACCUGUGGAGGCACUCCCGAAAGUUUUCCAGCAGUCGUCCAACGCUUUUGUCAAACAAUUUUCUCUUCUCUUCAUUCAACAAGGUCUUGACAGGUUGUCGCCUCAAGAUGGAAUUUCAGCACUCCCUUCCGUCAUCCAAUCCGCUAUACGGCUGUCGAGUCAAGAUCAAAGCAGCAAGAAGAUGUUCACCGUUGCUAUAGACUUUCUACUAGAUGUCCUUGUUAGCUGGAGGCCCCCGGAGCACGCCAGUCCAGACGACCAAGCACUCAAGAGUAAAUUCGAUCUUGAUUCUGAACAGGCAACCAUUCUUUCUGAGCAACUGUCUUAUUACCUUCUAUUCGAUCCGAAAGUGGGUCAACAACCAUUCAUUACAGAAGAGCUAUUACCUGUCUUUACCAAACAAUAUGCUCGUCGGAGCUCUAUUGUUCCCAACCUUGCAAACUUCAUCUUCAUGUCUAUUUUCACCGACGCGCAGAGGUUUGUGCCUGCAAUCAUUCUCUCUGUGGACGCCAAUGCAGCAGCAAAUGCUCGAGCUGAUGUGAUGUUCAAGCAAUGUGAUUUCGAUCUCGAAGACGAUAGCUUCGUCGAUCCAGCUUUGAACCUUUACAACAUCGUCAGACCUAAAUUGCAGACUCGUAUACUUACGCUGCUGUCUAGAAGCAAAGCAUCUACUAGCCGGAUCGAGAGGAUACUAGGUAUCAUCCAGUCGCAACUUGGUGAACCGGCAACAAAUCUCGAAGCUAGCAAGCUGCGAGCGGCCAUGUUCUCAUAUCUUAUCUGGUCAGUCCGCAUGAAUCCUGAAAUGGGGCGCAUUGCUAAAGAGCUCAGAGAGAGCUUGAAGCAAUUCAUUGAGAUGCAGGGAUGGCCAGCACCUUCCAAUCUAUCUGCUUCAGAUACAGAUCUCCGCGCCAAAGCGUUCGAGAGCAUCGGAUUGCUGUGCGGCCUUGAAGACAAGUUGUCACAGGUGGACGGAACUGAUCCAAUGACUGCCGAGCCAAGAAUCAUGUUUGACUUAGUGUCGUGGCUUUUCACGAGCUUGCGAUGCGACACAUCAAAAGACGUGAGACACAGCAUAGAAGAAAGCCUCAGUCGACUCAUGACUGCAGUCACGAUCGAUAGUGAGGGUGAACGUGCCAAGCUCAAGUCUUUGCUACUAUGGAACGCAACAGCUCAAGAGGGUGACGAGGACCCUAUCUACCAUGUUGCAACACGUACACUUGUUCAAUAUCCUGCAGUUCGCUUCGCGAACAAGGUCUUGCCGUUCUCAGAUGUUGAUGCCAGAGUUAUCGAUCUGAUUGCACUAACGUCCACAAGAAGAGAAGUAGUAGAGGAAGGCCAUAGAGGGUUGGACCCUAGUUGGCAUACUACCAGCCUGAGAAUCAGUCAUAUAGCGAGAGAACCAAUCGCAUCGAUGCCUAGCUUCGAGAGCUUCGCUAAGACGCUGUUUGGCGAUGGCGUUGUGUCCAUCAAAUCAAAUGCCUCGUUGAGCCAUCCUUCAGCGGUCGCUGGAGCCGUCCAGUUUUCUCGCAAUCUUAUUGCGUCUCAAGCAUGGCACAAUAGCUCUUUUAGUGUCGACGACGAAUCAGAUUGGCAAAGAAAAAUCGAUGCGACUCUGGACAAUGAGAGCGAGGCCAGAUCGGCGUUCAGACAUGCAUUGCAAGAAAUACCCAAGAUACUCUUGGUCCAAUUGCUUCGGCUGUGCUACAAGGGUAUGGCAUUGGGCUCAAUUGACUCAGGACAAGCUGCCUUUCAGUUGUCCUCACUCGCGAGCAACGAAAUACUACAACAGUUGAGCACCGAUGCUCUCCUGGAACUGGAGACUGCUUCAAACACGGCGCCACAGAAUCGUUAUUGGGCCUGUCGAAUUGCGGGCAUGAUCCUUUCCUUGUCAUCGUCCUGGGAAGAGUCAGUUGGAUCAUCCUUGACUGCCUGCAUUUCUUGGCAAUCCGCGGUGGGCCAGGAGCAGACCAGAGUCGAGACAGCACUGCUGAAAGCUGCAUGCAUUUUGAGCAGGCGAGCACUUCGGCAGCCGACCUCAAAUCUUGAUAAUGUCCUUUCAGGCAUAUGGGGUUUAUGUCGUGGCACAAUGGCAAGUACAAAUAAAGGGCUACGACAUACAUCAUGCACUGUCGUCGGGCAAAUUGCUUUAUGCGUCGCACCUAUUAGAUUAGACGCAGUGAUGGAGAUGAUCGAUAAGUUGCUUGGAGCUGCUAAGAAAGAGAACGAUGAAGCAGCUGUAUCGGCUUUGGGGCGGCUUGCUUCCUUCGUCUGGCGCAAUCUUUCCUCAGACGAGAAAUCGAAAUUGCUGGAGAAGCUGUACGAUCUGCAUGAAGUACGCAAAGCAGAAUUUCACUUCGCGCUUGGCGAAGCGCUGGCGGUUGCAGCACUCAGAUUCCAAUCUAGCUCAACUCUAACUGAGUUCGACAUAGAUGCAGAGAUUCCUGGCGCUAACAAUAGCGAUCUCUUCAAGCGUCUACUGUCAGAUAUUCUUGAACGGUCGAAAACCACGAAACCAGCGUUAAAGAAGGCGACGGGCAUAUGGCUCUUGUCGCUUGUGGAGUUUUGCACUACAAAAGACCUCUUGACUCCAUAUAUGCGUGAGAUCCAAGUUGCAUUCUCCAGGCUAUUAUCUGACCGCGAUGAGAUCGUACAGGAAACUGGCUCUCGUGGACUUGGUAUCGUGUACGAGAGAGGAGAUAGAGCACUCCGAGAUGAUCUUGUUCGUGAUCUUGUGCAGUCAUUCACCGGUAACUCUGCUCGAACAGGCGGCACAGUAACGGAAGAGACUCAGCUAUUCGAGCCAGGAGCGUUGCCGACAGAGAAUGGACAAUCAGUGAGCACGUACAAAGACAUUGUCAGUCUUGCACAAGAAAUGGGCGAUCCUAGUCUUGUAUAUCGAUUCAUGAAUCUUGCGUCAAACAACGCUAUCUGGACAAGCCGAGCAGCGUUCGGGCGGUUUGGUCUCUCAGGUGUGCUUGCUAACUCGGACUACUUGCGAGAAAACAAGAAGUUUUACCCUAAACUUUUCAGGUACAGGUUUGACCCAAAUCCAAACGUUCAGAGAUCGAUGGACGAUAUCUGGAAAGCCUUAGUGAAAGAUUCUAACGCCACGAUUGACGAGUACUUUGACAUCAUCAUAGAAGACCUGCUGCAGAGUAUUGUUUAUGGUAGAGAGUGGCGAGCACGAGAGGCUAGUUGUGCUGCCAUCUCUGAUUUAGUACAAGGCAGGGACGUGGAGAAGUUCGAGAGGUAUCUUGACGAUAUCUGGAAAGUGGCUUUCAAAGUGCUAGACGAUGUUAAAGAGUCUGUCCGAGUCGCCGCCAUGAAAUUAUGUCGUACACUGACCAAUAUGCUAUUGCGCAAUCUAGAGGUUGAAGGAGGUACAACAAAACGUGCAACAACAAUGCUGAAACAUGCCAUGCCGUUCCUGAUUGAUCAGCUAGAGGCGGGUGCGGGCAAAGAAGUCCAACAGUAUGCGAUUGUCACACUGCUGGAUAUCGUGAAGAAAGCCCCACCAAGGUCUUUGCAGAAUUACGCACCUAUAAUUCUCGAAACAUUUGUCAACUCUUUGAGUUCUCUUGAGCAUGAGAGCAUCAACUAUCUGCAUCUGAAUGCCGACAAAUAUGGUCUAACUGCGGACAAGUUGGAUAGCAUGAGAGUUAGCAGUAUUGGAGCAUCACCAGUUACAGAAGCUAUCGAAAAAUGUCUCGACAGCCUGACAGCAGUUUCUCAAGACUCGGACGAUCCCGAUGCUAUGCAAGGAGUUGAGCGUUCGUCGACACCAUUAGAGACCGCAAUGAAGAAAUUGGAGAACUCGUUCAAAGUUACCAUAGGACUACCUUCAAGGGUCGGAUUGAGUCGAGUCAUGGUUACUUUGGUAGUGCGCUAUCAUGCGGCAUUUCGUCAAUUCGCAGACCGUUUCGUGCGCUUGACUCGAAAGAGCAUUCUCGACAGGAAUGCGACAAUCAGCCAGUCUUUCAGCACAGCUUUGGCUUACCUCUUACGACUAGCUUCGGAGAAAGAGGUUCGACAAACCAUCGAGCAUAUACAGAAAUUGUAUUUCGAAUCACAGGAUGUAUCGCAUCGCGCAGUUGCAGGAGAAGUUGUGCAGGCUACCAGCAAGGCUUCCAAUGAUCUGUUUAUGCGUUUCGCUACCUCAUUCCUGCCUUUCACCUUCAUCGGACGACAAGAUCUAGACGAUGAUGUAAGAGAGAGAUUUGACGCCGCAUGGACAGACAAUGUCGGUGGAUCCCGAACUCUUCUUCUCUAUCUGAAAGAGAUUGUGGAAAUGGCCUCUCAGCACAUCAAAUCAAGUCUUUGGCCAAUACAUCAUGCGUGCUGCUUUGCAGUCGCCAACUUUGUCUCGUCCGUAGAGCCUAGUCAGGUUUUCAGCAAAGAAGACGCUGCUCGUUUGUGGCCGGUGGUCGAAGAGGCUCUUGGUGGCAAGACGUGGGAAGGCAAGGAGAAGGUCGUGCUAGCCUUUCCUAAGUUCGUGGAACAGGCGCGCACAAUUUGGCCUGAUGUAGGUACGCAGAUGCGAAAGGUGGCACUUCGAGAAGCCAAGCGCAAUAACAUAUUGUAUCGACCUCACGCACUAGAGGCAUUAGCUGGCUUUACCAGGUUACGACAGGAUAUAAAUAUGAGUGGGGAGGUAAUUCCGUUCCUGGUUGAUGUCGUCGAGAAUGUCCUGGACAAGGAAGCAGAUCUCAUGGAAGUCGACCAGGUCGAAUCACGCGGUAAUCACACUAGGGACAAUCUGGUUGAGGAGACUCUCCGCUCCGCUGUCGCAUGUGUUUUCGCAGUAAUUCGCCUUGAUUCUACGCCUGUCAUUCUGGAACAAGCGCUGAACCUCGUCAAGCGCAUCCAUGCUCAGGGUUCAAAUACGACAAAGGUACCACUAUAUGAAGCCGCAACUCGCUUCAUCCAAGAUGUUGUCGAAAAGAAUGAAAAUGAUACAUUGGGGAAAAAUGCGGAACCAGGAUCUGUCGAUACCGGAAAAAAGUUCUUGUAUGAGCUCACCUUGGCAUUCUUUCGGCUAGAUUCAGCCAAUCAGCUCUCGUCCUCAAACGCCGAAGCAAGUGAAGCUGUUCGCUUAGCACGAACUAACCUCGCUUUGAAAAUAGUGUCUCAGCGCACGAUCUCUCGGGAGACACGCGAGGUCUAUGCAGAACUCCUUACCUCUUGGGACGAGCACGAGCGUUCGAGGCCAAUUCGCCAAAUAAUCGAAACGGCUUCCACGACCAAUAGAACAGCGAAAUAG